AUGUAUAAUAUUACACAUCAAGAUAGUGAUAAAUGUAUAUAUUCAGAUAGUAAGUCCACUACGACGAAAAAUUCUAUAGAAUUAGAAGAAAAAGAAUAUUCAAUAUCAACCCAUGAUAAUUUCCAAGAAAAAGCGAGCUCCUUAAAAGAAAAACAGUCUAAAAUGACACAUAAUAAACAUAAUAGAAGUUUCGAUGAAACUUUAUAUACAUCAACUAGAACUUCUUAUCCAAAAUGUAACAAUUUUGUAAAAAACACUAUAAAAGAUUUAAAUAACUUGUACCUUUCACGUGCUACACCAACAACGCCAAAACUUAAAUCAAUAAGUAAAUCUGAAAUGGAUAUAUUUAGCAAAGUAGCCACUGUUACAGUAGACGAAGAUUUGGAAAAACAUAAGUCUUAUGAAGAAUUACCAAAAAUAAAUGUUAAAAAUUUCAUCUCGCUUUACGAAGAUGUCUCUAAAUCAAGCAAGUGGAGUUCAGGACAAAGUAUUACUAGAUCUAGCUCUAUAAAGUCUUCGAAUAACCUGCAACUCUCGAGUUCAGUUCAAGGAACUCCAAAGAAAAUGAGUGCAUCGAUCAACGAAAUGCCAACACAUCUCACGUUACCAUCGAAGUCGAAUAAAAACGAAGUUGUCUCACCUAAUAGACGUAGAAAAACCUUAUCGAAAGACAAGAGCUUUGAAAUCUUUAGUAAUGACAGUGCGAGUAGCUCUUUCGAUUUUGAAGUAAUUUCAAAUCACGACAAAGAUCCCAACUACUUAAGCUUUUCUGAUAUUGAGAUAGAAAUUAUUGAAAAAGAUCCAGAAACACCUGUUGAACCUGUAGUUGAAAAGGAAACUGCUCAUAUUGAGUACAAAAAUCGAUUCACGAUGGCCAAAAAAUAUUUCCAAUCAUUAGAAGAACUUAGGGAAGAUAAAAAAACUAUAAAACUAAUGAAAAACGAGGUAUUAUCAAGCAGCCAAUCUACUGAAUCUCUGGAAGAAAAGAAACCUAGAAAACGAAGUACUAUAAAAAAAUCCCGAUCAAUGCCUUCAUCAGAAAUAGCAAAGAUCUGGAAUCAAAUGCAAGAAGAGAAGGAUGCUGAGAGCAAAAAAUUAGUUAAAAUAUCGGAAAAGUUUAAUGUUGAUGAUCUAUUCGAAGACGUUAUGGAAGGGAGAUUGAGUCGACAAGGUAGUUUGAGGGGAAUACCCAAUAAAAAAGCUGUCCUUGAAACUUUUAGAUCAAUGGAAAAUUUAGCUGAUAGCAAACUAAAUUCGUACGAAAUGGCAGUUUCUCAGUUAAACGACUUUGCGCACGAGAACAAAAUAAAAAAUGCGCAGACAUAUUUGAGUGAAUAUCCCUAUUUGCCUAUGACUGACCCUUCUAAAUACCAUUCACGGUUGGAUGCAAAUGCCACUGGCCUAAUAACUUUGAAGGAAUUAAAGAAGAUACCAAGAAGAAAUAGCGUGCCAGAUUUAAGAUUAAAUCCAACAUUUACUGCUGAUUUA